AUGUCCGUGGUGGGGUCGCUUGUCUUUUGUCUAAACUGUGGUAAUCUUCUGGACAACCCAAGUACUGCCUCUGGGUCAGAACUUGAGUGCAUGCAAUGUAAGACCAGAUAUCCAAAAUCGAAAUUCGCAAGCAUGAAGGUCAUCACCUCAACUUCUGAGGAUGCUUUCCCCUCAAAAUUGAGAUUGAAAAAGUCCGUGGUCAAGACAUCGCUGAAGAAGAACGAGCUCGAAGAAGGCGCUGUCAUCAAGGAAAAGUGUCCUCAAUGUGGGAACGAGGAAAUGCAUUAUCACACAUUGCAACUACGGUCGGCCGACGAAGGUGCUACCGUGUUCUACACAUGUCCUGUCUGUAAUUACAAGUUCAGGACCAAUAAUUAG